AAAUCUAAGACUCAAUCUCCUGUUUCAAAUUUAUUUAUAAAUAAUUUUAAAUCAUCUUAUCAAUCAAUCACCCAGCAGCGCUUCUUUUUGGCUCCUCAGAACUCGCUUUUUGGUAGCUACUAACCUACCACCCUUAUUCCCAGAACUCUCUACACAACCUUCCUUUUGCCCAACAUAUAAAACACUUUAAAGAAACUGCUACUCUUUACUGCUCUUUUGUUUAGGGUUUUCUUUAAUUCACUGCCCCAGUCACCAGACUCGUCCAAAUGUACUAUGGGCUCCAUUAAUGGCAGACUUCUCAAGUUCUCUGGUAGGUAAACUGCAAUCUUUCACAUCUCUGAAAAGUCUUCAAGGCUUCCCUGCUCUGCUAGUUUUCCUUCUACACCAAUGACUUGGGGUUUCAUGUCAGUCAAAGUGAGGUACUAAAUCUUGUUCUGAAAAGUCUCGAUGGUGAAUCUUGAUGGUCAAGAUUGUAUUUUUUUUCCUUCACAUUGUUGACUUGAAUGAACUGGGUUUGUUGUAAGUACAAGAAUAAUGUGUCUAUUGCUUGUUCCCUAUAUUAAAUGAGUUGGGUUUGAUCUCAAAGGAAGGAAAAAAGAAAAAAAAAAAAGGUUUCUUGAGAUUACACAUAAUGAUGAAGUGUUUGAUCCGAGAAAGUUAAGAGGAAAAGAUGGUCUUUUGAUGAUGCUUAGUUGCUGAAAUGUCUUGGAUUCAAUCCCAAAUAAAGCUGAAAGAUAGUCUAAUGACACAACAUUCUCACUCUAUGCUUUCCUCUCCAUCAUCUCCAUCCUCUUCACUGCCUUAUAAUAGUGAUUACCAAAAACAAUCAGCCCCAUCAACGUCAUCUGGUAAUAAAAUAAGCCCUGCUAUUCUUUUUAUCAUAGUUAUUCUAGCGGUUAUAUUCUUCAUAUCUGGUGUUCUUCAAUUGCUUAUUAGAUUUCUUAUAAAAAAUAGAUCUUCAUCAGUAUCUGAAUCCAACAGAUACCCAGAAAUGUCUGGCUCUGAGGCUUUCCAGAGGCAGCUUCAACAACUCUUUCAUCUUCAUGAUUCGGGUCUAGAUCAAGCGUUUAUAGAUGCUCUCCCUGUGUUCCUUUAUAAAGAAAUAAUGGGUCUAAAAGAGCCGUUUGAUUGUCCUGUUUGUCUCUGUGAAUUCUCAGAACAAGACAAGUUGAGACUACUUCCCAUGUGUAGUCAUGCUUUUCACAUUGAUUGUAUAGACACAUGGUUAUUGUCCAACUCAACUUGCCCUCUUUGUAGAGGGAACCUAUACACACCUGGUCUUGGCAUUGAAAACCUAGAUUUUGACUUUGAAUAUCCAAGGGAAGAAGAUGGGUGCUCAGGGAAUGUAGGAAGUGGAGUUUCUCUUGGCUCAAAACCAGCAGAAAAUGAAAUUAUUAGUGAAAAAAGGGUGUUUUCUGUUAGGCUUGGAAAGUUUAGAAGCUCAAAUGUUGGAGGUGGAGUAGAGAAGAGAGAUGGAGAGGGAGAGGGAGAGGGAGAGGGAGAGGGAGAGAGUAGUUGUAGUAGUAGUAAUUUGGAUGCCAGGAGAUGUUUCUCAAUGGGAUCAUACCAAUAUGUGGUUGCUGAUUCAGAAUUGCAAGUGGCCUUAUACCCCACUAGAGGCGGUGGUAGUACUAGUUUAAGGCUGUUGAAAGGAAGAAUUGGACAAAACGAGAAUUCCUCAAAUGAUGUUGAUGUUGAGGGGAAGAAGAUUAACAUUAGAAGUAAAGGUGAAAGCUUCUCUGUUUCUAAGAUAUGGCAAUGGUCUAAGAAGGGCAAAUACCCAAGUUCUUCUGAAACCCAUAUGGGUUCUUAUCCUGUCACAAUAGUUUUACCACAGACCAACUCAACCCAGGGUUCAUGAAGGUAUUCACCAUGUUCUUCACUUUAAUCAGUCAAUGAAUGGAUCUACUUCUUAAUAAAGCUUUUCUUUUUAGCUUUUGCUUUCUCUUUUCUAUGGAAUUCAAUUCUUUACUGUAGUGUGCAAAUCCUUUAAAUUAUUGUCUUUUUUU